CAUUUUCGGUACAACCACGUACCUAUUCACAGAGCAAACUAAGUCUUUCUCUUCCUUUUACAAAAUAACGCCAUUAGAGGCGUGUUGUGUUUUACGUUUGAUCUGGAAAUAAAUCAAUAAACAUCCAAAAUGGUGAACUUCACUGUCGAUGAAAUCCGUGCCAUGAUGGACAAAAAACGAAACAUUCGUAAUAUGUCCGUCAUUGCUCACGUCGAUCACGGUAAAUCUACUUUGACCGAUUCGUUGGUGUCAAAGGCCGGUAUUAUUGCUGGUGCCAAAGCUGGUGAAACCCGUUUCACCGACACCCGUAAAGAUGAACAAGAACGUUGUAUUACCAUCAAAUCAACUGCCAUCUCUAUGUACUUCGAGCUUGAAGAAAAAGACAUGGUUUUCAUCACCUCAGCAGAUCAAACCGAAAAAGGCGAACGUGGUUUCUUGAUCAAUUUGAUCGAUUCACCCGGUCACGUCGAUUUCUCAUCCGAAGUAACAGCCGCUCUUCGUGUUACCGACGGUGCUCUCGUUGUCGUUGACUGUGUUUCAGGUGUGUGUGUGCAAACUGAAACUGUAUUGCGUCAAGCUAUUGCUGAACGUAUCAAGCCAAUUUUGUUCAUGAACAAAAUGGACCGUGCUUUGCUUGAAUUGCAAUUGGGUUCAGAAGAAUUGUACCAAACUUUCCAACGUAUCGUCGAAAACGUUAACGUCAUCAUCGCCACUUACAACGAUGACUCCGGACCAAUGGGAGAAGUCCGUGUUGAUCCAUCAAAGGGUUCAGUCGGUUUCGGUUCAGGUCUUCAUGGUUGGGCUUUCACCUUGAAACAAUUCUCUGAAUUGUAUUCCGACAAAUUCAAGAUUGAAGUUGUCAAGCUUAUGAAUCGUUUGUGGGGUGAAAACUUCUUCAAUCCAAAAACCAAGAAAUGGUCAAAGUCCAAGGAUGCCGACAACAAACGUUCAUUCUGUAUGUACGUUUUGGAUCCAAUUUACAAAGUGUUCGAUGCCAUCAUGAACUACAAGAAAGAAGAGAUCGAUGCUUUGUUGCCUAAAAUUGGUGUUACAUUGAAACAUGAAGACAAAGACAAAGACGGCAAACAAUUGUUGAAAGUUGUUAUGCGUACUUGGUUGCCAGCUGGUGAAUCAUUGCUUCAAAUGAUUGCCAUCCAUUUGCCAUCACCAGUCGUUGCACAAAAAUACAGAAUGGAAAUGUUGUACGAAGGACCAUUGGACGAUGAAGCCGCCGUUGCUGUCAAGAACUGCGACGCUUCCGGACCAUUGAUGAUGUACAUCUCAAAAAUGGUACCGACCAGCGACAAAGGUCGUUUCUACGCUUUCGGUCGUGUGUUCUCCGGUAAAGUUGCAACCGGUCAAAAAUGCCGUAUCAUGGGCCCGAACUUCACCCCAGGCAAGAAAGAAGAUUUGUACGAAAAAUCAAUCCAACGUACAAUUUUGAUGAUGGGACGUUACGUCGAAGCCAUCGAAGAUGUUCCAUGUGGUAACAUUUGCGGUUUGGUCGGUGUCGAUCAAUUUUUGGUCAAGACUGGUACCAUUACAACAUUCAAGGAUGCCCACAACAUGAAGGUCAUGAAAUUCUCAGUGUCACCUGUUGUACGUGUCGCUGUCGAACCGAAAAAUCCAGCUGAUUUGCCAAAAUUGGUUGAAGGUUUGAAACGUUUGGCCAAAUCCGAUCCUAUGGUUCAAUGUAUCAUCGAAGAAUCUGGUGAACACAUCAUUGCCGGUGCCGGUGAAUUGCAUUUGGAAAUUUGCUUGAAAGAUUUGGAAGAAGAUCAUGCUUGUAUUCCAUUGAAGAAAUCCGACCCAGUCGUCUCAUACCGUGAAACCGUAUCAGAAGAAUCCGAUCAAAUGUGUUUGUCAAAAUCACCAAACAAGCACAAUCGUUUGUUCAUGAAAGCCUGUCCAAUGCCAGACGGUUUGCCAGAAGAUAUUGACAAGGGUGAAGUUAAUCCACGUGAUGACUUCAAGGUUCGUGCUCGUUUCUUGUCCGAGAAAUACGAUUACGAUGUCACUGAAGCCCGUAAAAUCUGGUGCUUCGGUCCAGACGGCACUGGUCCAAACAUCUUGGUCGACUGCACAAAGGGAGUUCAAUACUUGAACGAAAUUAAGGAUUCAGUCGUUGCUGGUUUCCAAUGGGCAUCGAAAGAAGGUGUUUUGGCUGAUGAAAACAUGCGUGGUGUUCGUUUCAACAUUUACGAUGUUACACUUCACGCUGAUGCUAUCCAUCGUGGUGGUGGUCAAAUCAUUCCAACAGCUCGUCGUUGCUUGUAUGCUUGCGCUAUUACAGCUCAUCCACGUUUGAUGGAACCAGUAUACUUGUGCGAAAUCCAAUGUCCAGAAGUUGCUGUCGGUGGUAUCUACGGUGUGUUGAACAGACGUCGUGGUCACGUAUUCGAAGAAGCUCAAGUCGCUGGUACACCUAUGUUCGUAGUUAAAGCUUAUUUGCCAGUAAACGAAUCAUUCGGUUUCACAGCCGAUUUGAGAUCCAAUACUGGUGGUCAAGCUUUCCCACAAUGUGUAUUUGAUCACUGGCAAGUGUUCCCAGGUGAUCCACUUGAACAAGGAUCAAAAUUGUUCACUAUCGUUCAAGACAUCCGUAAACGUAAGGGUCUUAAAGAAGGCCUUCCAGACUUGGCUUCAUAUUUAGAUAAAUUGUAAACGAACAAUGCAGUUAGACCAACCAACACGAUAACUCCAGUUUGUUUAUAAGUAAAAAAAAACACACAUUUCUAUUAAUUCAAGCAAAAAAAAAUUAAAUAACAAUUAACAUCCGAACGAUCGAUCAGCAGGACGACGAAAAUAAUGUGGAAACUUUAAUUUAAAAAAAAAGAAUAAAUAAAAAAUUCAACAGCCAAUAAGAAAAAAGCAACAUGUAUAAGAUCACUUUUUAUUGUUUUACGUUUUACAAUCUAUUUAAAGAAUAAUGAAGCAAGCAUGAUGAAAAGUUACAUAUGAUUCAGUUUGUUUUGAAAAGCAAACAUUUUUAUUGAUUAAAAUAAAGAAUUUCACCUUGUUUUGUAAACAAUGUACUCAUUAUAUAAAUGCAAGGGUGUUAUUGGAUUUAAAAAAA